AUGAAUGAUUUGUCAGAUAUGGAACAAGCAGAGACAGAAAUGGAGAUAGGACAAACAGAGAUAGAGUUUGAGGAGAUGGAUUUCAGUUCUUCUUCUUCCAAUGAUUUGAAUUACAUUCCCCAAGUAAGGGUUGAAAAAAUUCCAAAACUUGAUCAAGAAUUUGAAUCAAUUGAGGAAGCUCAUACUUUUUACAACGACUAUGCUAGGGAGGCUGGGUCAUCUUCUAAAGAGAGUUUCAAAGUUUCUAUAUUUCAUGAGGCACAUAAUCAUGUGCUUACUACACCAAGGAAAGUUCAUUUACUAAGGUCUGAACGUGUCAUGUCUGCUGCCAAAAAAUCUUUGUCACAACAACUUUCUGCGGCAAAUGUGCCUAUUUGCCAACAGAUUGGUAUUUUGGAUUUAGAGGUAGGGGGUAUAGAGAAUAUUGGUUGCAUAGAAAAGGAUUUCUACAAUGCUCGUCGGGAUGAAAUGAAAAUGUAUGCUGGACAUGAUGGUCAGAUGUUAUAUGAGUAUUUUCAAUCUGAGAAGGAAAAGAAUCCAGAAUUCUAUUUUCAAAUUAAAAUGGACACAGAAAGCAAGAUCACUCAUUGUUUUUGGGCAGAUAUCGAAUGCAGGAAGUCGUAUGAUGCAUUUGGUGAUGUCGUCGUGUUUGAUACUACGUAUAAUACAAAUCGGUAUGGUAUGAUUUUUGCACCAUUUGUUGGUGUAAAUCAUCAUGGACAAACGACCCUUUUUGCAUAUGCUUUCUUAAGUGAUGAAACAACCGAGUCUUUCUCAUGGUUGUUGCAGCAGUUGUUGUUAUCUAUGCCAAUUGGUCCUCCCAAAAUGAUUAUCACCGACCAAGAUCCUGCGAUGACCAAAGCUAUAGCUGAAUUAUUUCCAAACACUAGACUCCAGAAGAAUUUGAAACAGAGUGGGCUGAGUUAUUGGAGCAAAGUGGGUUGUCAUCAAACGAAUGGUUAA